AUGUUAGCAAUAUGUGGUAUUGGAGCAGUUCCAUUAGGUAUAUUCAUAACAAAAGGACAGUCGACAGUUGACUAUAAAGCAGCUUUCACGCUUUUAAAGCAGUCAAUGCCUAAUGGUUUUAAUGCCCAAGGGUUUCCCAAACAAUUUGUUAUUGAUGAUUGUGAAGCAGAGAAGCAAGCACUCCAAUCAAUUUGGCCUGAAUCUAAAAUUAAUUUAUGCAGAUUUCACAUACUACAAUCUGUCUGGAGAUGGUUGUGGGAUACGAAUCAUGAUGUACUUAAAGGUGAUAGAAAGAUUUUGUUCAGACUAUUUCAUAGAAUUUUAGUAGCUAAAAACUUGCAUAGUGCUGAAGAAGCUUAUAUGACUGCAAUCGGUCAAAUGUCUACUGAAUACAAUUGUAUUAAUAAUACUGUAAUACCUUUAAAAUAUGAAAAAUGGAUUAAAUAUGUUAAUAAUUAUUGGAAAAGAAAAGAGUUAUGGUGUUUAGUAUUUCGGGAUGCUUCUGUUCAUGGGCACCAAACUAAUAAUUUUUCAGAAGUGAAUGUUCGUAUCUUUAAGGACAUAGUUCUCUCUAGGAACAAAGCAUAUAAUGCAGUUGCAUUAGUAGAUUUUAUUUGUACUUUAUUAGAAGAAUAUUAUCUAAGACGUUUACGGACUUUUGACAAUGGGAGAAAUGAUACAGCUCGACAUAUAUUUGAAGAUCAGCUUAAACGAGCAGUAAGUAUUAAAAAAGACUCUAUAAAAAAAUUAUCUGAAAAUAUAUAUAGAGUGCAGUCUGAAACAGAAAAUACUUUUUACGAAGUUGAUAUAACAAAUGGAUUUUUCUCUUGCCCUAAAGGAAAACUAGGAGCAUUUUGCAAACACCAAGCUGCAAUUUAUCAUCAUCAUGAAAUGGAUAUGCCAAGUUUACCAGCUAUUAAUACAGAAUCACGUUAUUUGUAA